GCCGGAACUACCGAUACUACCCUAGAGCGAGCUCACCCCUCUUUGGAGGUGGUAGACUAUAAGGAGCACAGCAGCCUCGUACUACUCUACACAAAUGGUGUACUGUAGUAGUACUAGUACUAAUACGAAAGUAGAGGUCAAACAUAACCGUCGUCGUCGGUGUCGACAUCAUCUCCGCAGUCUGAACCGAAAUUGUCCACGUUGUUGCCGCUGAGGCUGGCAAAAUCUUCCUCCACACUAUCACACCCACUAUCAUCUGCAUCGUCUUCAAACCACAGAAAACCCUCCAACACUUUGUGCUGCCACAAGUUGACUACGUGGUACACAAAUCUCGCCGUAGGCGCCACCGUAUUCCAGGAAAAAACGCAGUUCUUCAAGAAAUCAAAUGCCUGAAUUUCCGUAGCAGGCGCAUCACGACGUUGGGGAGGUAAACAUCACAUGCUCUGGUGUUUCAUGACCAGCAUUACAUGCACGACAGAACAACGCAACACCAUCCUCCAAAGGUUUCGGCGUACGCCCAGGUGAUGCUCUGAAGACGCACGGGACCCAUGCACCCAACAAAAGUCGUGUGAGCGAUAUACGAUGUUUGUGAUUGGGGAUGUUUGUCAAGUAGUGGCGAAGAUAAAGAGUGAAAUCGAGGAGGAUCGUCAGUCUUAUUAGGGUCCACCGGAUCUCGACGAUUGCGGAUAAGUGAAAGUCGCGAGAAGGAGUCGAUAUCGCGCUGCAAGUACCAGCAGCUCCUUUACGGAAGGUAAACGCAAUGGCGAGCCAGAAGCAGUCGGCAAAUUGGAAAUGACAACCUCCAGAUCUGAUAUCCAGGAAGAACUCCCCGCCAUACGGAGACGGCCACUAGCCUGCAAAGCCAAGGUAGUCAAGUGCGUGGUUCCAUUCGGUGGUGGUGGACGAGUAACCAGGUAUAAUAGAUACCUCAAAGCCAGCAAUAGUCGUCGAUAACGAACAGGGUACAGCGCUGUCUCUGUAUACAAGACCGAUAUAAUCGAGUGGUUCCCGAGACCCAGCAGACGUCGAAGAAAGUUGACCUGGAUAUCGACCAGCUUCUGUGGGCCCGCCUUUCCGACAUCCAACGCCACUUCGCACCCGUUGAUCAGGUGGCAAUCAACCAGUGCGGUGUAGAGGUUACGAGACACUGUGUCUCACUGACACGGUUGGGACCUUCAACAUAGAGGUGAGACUUGUAAGCCCCACGACACCUCCUCUGGAAAUCGCACCACCUCUGCACCUUCAAACUCUUCGAGCAAAUUUUUCUGAUCUGGCAAGUACUUUCAUAUAUUUGUUCAGGAGCAUCUCUGUGCUGUUCAAUUGUUCCGAAAUACGCUACUAAUAGGACGCGAAUGAUCUAAUGCGAUACCAAAUGGUGAUGAGACUUUACAGUAUUUGCAGACCCCACGUCAUCCAGAGCAUCGUUGAAGGCCGUGAAUACAGAAUUGAGCUUCUUCAAGACGACGAUAUUGCGCUGGAGCUUUUCUUCGCGUUGUCUAACUGCUGUCGGAGCGUUUGUUCGUUUUUCUUCAUCCAACUCGUCAUUUUGAAUUAGGACUUCUCGUUCUUCACCAUCAUCGCGUUCUUCUACAAAGGCUGAGGGAGCAAGCUGAAAGGCUGGCUCUGUAUUGCUGUUCGAUCUGAUAGUGAGAGUUCAGAUGUCAGACACCGAUAGAUCACCGUCGCUAGUGACAGUGAAGGUCGUAGAGGUCGAAGGAAGUACAUGUGAUUCCGACAUAGUUUGAGAUGUGGAAUGUAUACGGAUAUAAUCAGAGGAUUCGUCUUGUUGCAUGCAUUGUAAAGCGAAUGAAAUGACCAGAAUAUAGCACCGCCACGCGUCACGUUACAGGUCUAUGUACAACGAAGUGACGUAGAUAUCGCUCUUCGCUUUUCGAACCAUGAUUCGGGAGGACCAUCCUUCUGAACUCAUUGAAUGCUCGAAUGCUGACUUUAUCCAAACAUACCUUCGACGAAGUUUCCUGGAUGAUACAUUGGUGGAUAGCAUAGUAGAAAAGUUGAGGGGUGGCAAUGUCCUGUUGAAGAAUGGUUGGCCCGAUCUUCGCGUUGAAAACGACACGUUCGCACCUCUCUCCAGAGUCGCUUCGGCCAUUGCAAAGGUCGCCGAGUCCUGCGGUGUUAAGGGAAAGCGGAACUUUUGGGUUGUGUCGAACCCCACGAAAGCGGGCGAGUUCGACACUAUGGGAUAUCGACAUUUCCCUGAUGUGCGAUGUGUUAGCAACAACACAAAAAUCCAGCUUUGCUGCCCCGAACGCGUAGCCAACAAAAAUGCCAGUAACCAUAUACAACCCGAUGAAGAAAACGAAGGACGAUUCUCUCGUGCGGCUCACAAUGUAUCUGUAUUGGGGGAAAUAAAGCUCCACGACGCGAAGGCCACAGCUCAGGACGAUGAGAAGAAACUUCUCUUCGCAGCCAAUGAAAUCAUGUUUGAUGAUCCGACCAGGCGAUUCAUAUUUGGGUUCACCAUAGAGGCGACAACGAUGCAGAUUUGGUUCUUCUGCCGAUCGCACAUUGCCAGGUGCGAGAAGUUCAACUACCAUCAGGAACCACGACCAUUCAUUAAAUUCCUGUUGGCGGUAAUGUUUGGCAGUUGGGAGCAGCUUGGUUGGGAUCCUACGGUAACACGACUUUCGAAAACGGUGAACGGUUCAAACACCAUCGUUUAUGAGUACAAGAUCGGUCGCAGAACAUUUCACACUAUCGGAAACCCAAUCUCUGAACUUUCAGCAUAUCAUCUUGUUUCCCCAGCGACGCGAGUCUGGAAAGUAGAAGAGGUCACCCGGACUGGGACAUCUGGUUCGAUGUAUGUGCUCACCGACGUUUGGCCAUACAAGGAUGCCAAGCUCGAGAAGGAAAUUCUGCGCGAUAUCUUCAAGAAGUUGGGCGAGGUUGACGAGGAGAACAGCAGAAAUGGCACACCUACCGCGCAUGUAGAGGCCGCGAAGCCCUUCUUCCUCACUAUCUUGGAGGAUGGGCCCGUGACAAACACUGAGGGCGAGAACGACGUCACUGUGCUCCCCCCUACUUAUCAGCAGGUCCAGUGGACUGAUGCCCAACAAUUGUGCAUAAGGUUUAGCUCGAGAGACCUCAUCAGCGAUGGUCUUCCUUUGCCCGACCCGUAUAAGCUCCAUGUUCGUCGGUUUGAGAGACGGAAACAUGUACGCCGUUUGGUGAAGGAGGUCUGCGAGAGCGUAUAUGAAUUGGCUGACAUGCUGCAGUUUAUCAAGUGCAUGAAAGAUGUACUCCAAGGUCUGUUCUACCUGCGCUUGGCUGGGUAUGUCCAUCGUGACCUCAGCCCUGGAAACUGCCUGUUCCAUCUGAACCAAGGCAAACUGUCUGAUGUGGAAUUCGGAAAGCAUGAAUCAAGUUGUACGGUUCAUGAUCCCAUCAUGGGAACAAGGGAAUUUAUGGCCCUGGAAUAUGCCACGGGCAAAUAUCUAUAUGUUCCUCAAAAAGGAGCUUGCCUUUGGACCGGUCCCUCCACGAUGCCAUCGCUCUCAUUACUCUCAGUAGACGUUGACAGACGUGUUAUCUUCAACUACUACCAUGAUGUGGAGUCCGUAGCAUGGAUUUAUCUAUGGUUUCUCCAUCAUCGUUUUCCGUCGCUAAUCUGCGAAGUAUUGACGCCGAAUAAGCGGGCUGAGCUACGGAAGCUUCACGAAGAGAGCAGGGUGUACUUUCAGGCAGGAUCGGCCUUGAGGAUGUACGUCGUCACGGGCAUAUCGUCGAUACUCACGGAACUCGCGAGACGUUUUAUUAGUCUCUAUGCAGGAAAUGAAGAAUUGGUAAUGCCGCUUGCGCUGUUUGAGGACCUGCGAGAAGCGUACGAAAACCUCGAGAAGGAACCUCAGGAACCUCGCACACAGGAUCCUUGUUUCCAUUGGCCGAGAUCCUUAUUUCCUCUCAAAUUAUACGAAACCCACAUUGCUCGUUUCCAAGCGAUACUUGAUAAACAGAACAGUCGGGGUGUCUUCGCGAUGCCAGUCAAGCACACACGUAUAUAUGUCCAGGAGGAUCUCAAGCGGCCGGCAGAUGACGAAGUGGCUAGUGCAGUGCCGACUAAAGGCCCAGAGAACGGAGAACAAGAGUCUUGAACAGAACCUUGUCCUAGCGUUUGUUUCCAGUGAGGGUUGUUGGUGGGGGGCUGUGUGGAUGGCAUGAUGCUGCCCGUUGGGGGGGGAGUGCUUUUAUCGAGAUCUCAUCAACGAAGAAACUGUUGAUUGUGGCUUCCCAUCCUAAACACCGCCAUUGUCCCGCCGUAUUUUCAUUAUGAUUAUUAUGUACAGCACACUGGAAUAAUAUUGAUCAUUCUGAAGCCGUUGCGCCC